GCAGUUUCGCGAACCCGGUCGACGCGGCGACGCCAGACUCAUGCCGUUCCCGCUCUUCCGACGCAACAAGCCCAAACCAAAGCAACCCGUGGAGGAAAAGGAUGGCGUGGCGAAGAAGCAGGAGGUUGUGGUCUUGCCGCCGCCUUUAUUCGAGGACAAGGACGACGUGAACGCAAUCGCCAACGAAACGAAUCACUUGCUGCAGCGCAUCACCACGACCAUGUCCCCGUCACGCAAACGUCCUCGCAAAGUGGUUGGACGUGUGACGAUUGAAGUCCUAGACACGUUUCCACCUUCCGCGCGUCUAGAGGAGCCGCAGAAUGCAUCCAAAACAGACCCGUCGAGCAAGGAGAAUGCACAAUUGGGGGUGGAAUCGAUGCCGCCACUAGCUCCAUUAGACACUGGCGAUGCGUUUGGCUUUGAGGAAGAAGAAGACCGGGUGCGAGAUGCAGCCGACAUCUUCGUUCCGUCCACAAUACCAGGAAAAAAGGCACUGGAAGCCCAGGUGGAAGUGCUCGACAACGAGAAGCAGCGGCUCAGUCGACGCCAUCGCAACGGGGGGAUUGCAAGCAUGGACACACUGAUUCUACCCGCGCCUGAAGUCGACAACGACGCUCCGCAAUCUCGGUCUAGAGAUGCCGAAUCCAAAGCCGCCAUCAAGAUCCAAGCAUCAGGACGAGGCUUCCUCGCUCGACGAAAGCAAUCGUCACAAGUCCACGCAGACAAAGAACCAACCCAUGGGACGUUGUGGCGGCAAAUCUCAGACCCUGAUCGCGGUGAAACGUGGUAUUAUAACACCGAAACUGGUCUUAGUCAAUGGGAACCCCCCCCUCCCAGCAACAAGCCCAUCGCAUCCUCGUCGCCGCUUCCAAGGCUGUCCAAAGAUCCUCCUCAUGCAUCGACGACGCGAACGUUCAUGGAGCCUCCAGUUGCCAAGAAUCACGACCAAGGCGUGUCGUCCCUUCCACUUCUGUCUCCAAAACUAACACCAACCCCCUUCGGAAGCGUGCCCCAUCAAGCGCCUCGGCACAGCCACCCCUUGCCCGCGCUACACGCCCCCAUCCUCUUGCAAGAUUUUGACGACGACCUGCCGAGUACCCUGACGCCGUCAGCCACCCCCUCCGACCCUACGAGCAGAAGCCCCCCCUCUCCGUCUCCACACGACCAUGCCAGUCCGCACCUUAUACAUCCCAAUCACGACGCUCCUUCUCGUCAUCCAGACGACUCGGCGGACGGGGACAUGGUAGAUUGGAUGGACGACACGGCCUUGUUCCUCGCGGACGGGUCCAAGAACCACAAACUGCGCGACACGAUUCGAGAUGCGCUCAAAGUGUCCAAGUUCGACUCGGUUUCGGCCCUGCUCACGUCGUCCAUCUCGUUUAACGCGGUGAAACGGGAGCGGUACCGCCGACCAAACCCCCUCUCAAGCCCUUCCUCGUCAGGGGGGUCGACGCGCGACGUCGUGCUUGGCAAGAAGCCCGACACGUUUCUAGUAGCCGUGCUGGCCACAGACAAGACCAAGAAACGAACCACAUCCAAACAAUCGUAUGCCAGUCGACAACUUCGAAUCCGAGACGUGGCCGACGCUGGGUUCACCGACGUCCCCGGUCCGUUGUCCAAGGCGUCAUCGUCGUUGCCACCACGUACUAGUAGUAGUACUAGUAGUAGCCCCGACCGGACCCAGUGCUUUGCGUGCUGGAGUGCGAUCAAGGGAUGCCUCUGCGAUGCACAUACCGAUCCGUUGGACACCCGCCCCGCCUCGGAAAGUGCGCUCAUGUGCUCCAACUGGGAAAUCGACCAACUUCGUCGCAAGUACCGGGCCGAGGAAAUCCAAGAGAUUUUCAUGAAAGCCAACAGUUCACUGCGAUAUGACAAGCAGCGCAAGGCGUACAUUACCAUUGUCGAGUGCCGACAUCCGAUCUACCGAGCCGUGGAUGCCACCCUCUUAACCUUUAACAAGACCAUGCGGCGCAAACUCCAUACCCGCGCAUGGUUCCGGUCGUUUCUCGAGCAGCUUCGCCUCGGUACCGUGUCCAAGGCAUCCCCCCCGACGCUUCUCAAGCUCCGCGACACGCUGCGAAACGGCAAAUGGUGCCAGGCGUACUCGGACUCUGUCUGGCACUUCCACCCCGUCGCCCCCGUCACAGACAAGAGUUUCAGUCCGGACCCCAUACUUGACGUGAUCGCGAUGAACCCCGCGGCCCCCCACGACCUCCGCCACUGGGUGCUCAAAACCGACUCUCCCGUACCCGUCGUGCUCUACCGCCCGCGCAAGUACGACCUCCUGCCGCGGCGAUGCAUCCCGAUGCCCCAGCCGUCCUUCUUGGACCAAAUUCCACUGCCCGUGCCGAAUCGGUACAUCGACGGAUGCCACAAACUGUCGUGGGUCGAGCGCGUGUGUGCCCGCCAGAGCCACGCGUCCGUGUACCGCGCCACCGCCCAAAUCAAAGCCUGUACCCCGUCGAGGGGAUUUGAUAAGCCCCGGCGCACGCGCGUGACACCCCCCACUUGCGUGCUGUUUGCCAACUUUGGCCGGAAGCCGUCGCCCGACAACAUGGCCGUGGGGGGCCUCGUCGCCGAACUGUUGAUUUAUCUGGUUGUGACGACGUUUGUGCCCCCCCAAUUUGGCAACUUUACCGUCACGGACCGCCGCGCGCUGUGCCCCAAAACGACCCCCGAUGCCUCAGCCGUGUACUUGUGCUUGGAAAUCGACCCCAAAACGUCCACAUAUGUCGUGCGACCGCUCGAACACGCGCUCAACACCCGUCGGGCGCCCACGAUUGUGAUUAUUGUGCAAGGAGAAGUGGCUGAACCGUGCUUGAAUCGACCGGAGCAAACCAGCGAAGAAGCGUUCUUUGGGUUCCGCACGAUUCUAGAGUGGACGGGGCUGUUCAUUCCCGAUGAAACGCGUCCAGUGACGUUUGUGCCGUCGGGGGACGUGCUCACGUUCAACACGCCGUCGUUCAAUGCGACGAUUACGACUCGCGCGGAUCGGUACUAUCCGUUUUGUGAACCCACGACAAGGGAGAGCACGAUCGCUGAGUUUAUGCACUUGCUUUGGAUGGGCAAGUCGAGCCGCAACCAGCCCCAGUGCUUUACGAAUCUGGGCUCGCAAGAUCCGGGGGAGUUUAUGAAAAACUGCAACGUGGACGGCGCCAUGGGCCAAUGCAUCCCAGUGAUCUACCGCAGUUGGGCGUUCAUGCAAGGCUCGCCCUUUGAAGAGUUUGUGACUGACGAUGGGCUGGCGUACUGGUAUGACAAGCGGACGGGGGUGACGUACUGGGAACGGCCCCUCCUAGACCAAGAAAAGCAUCGGGGCGACGAUGGAGACAUUGACGGGGUGGUAAUCGAUGGCCGCAGCGAAAGAGCCACCGUGGGGGUCGGCGCUCCCGACGCCCGGUAUUCGCAGCAAGACAUGAGAAAGUACUUGACCAAGUCGAUGGAGAGUCCUUUGGAACGAGCCGCGCGGGUCAAAGCCCUCCGCAUCAGUGCCCAGAAGCACUCGAUUACGCUGCAACCGGACGUGGUGGUCGUCAAGGAGGAGAAGGUCGUUCCCCCACCCAGAAUGUCGCGCAUCCACGUCCCCCCGCUUCCAUUUCAGUCCACCCCCCAGAACCAACCAACAGCUUCGGCUUUGGGGGGGAGCGCUGUGUCCCGCGGUGGGGAAAGCGCUUCAAUGACAGCUUCAGCCAAGCAAGUGCCACCAAUGACAAAUGACCACCCAGUUGUAAACGAUCAAACCAAGAAACUCAUCGACACGUUAACCCAAGCGCUGGGGGCGUCGAUGGGGCAGACGAAUGUCAUGGACGUGCUGCAACUAGGUAUUGGGCUCGGCAUGGGGCUUGGAAUGAACGGCGGCAACUCGUUUCUGGAACAAGCCCCUUUGGACGACAGUAUGAGCGAGUCGGAUGCGUCUCCCAAUCGAGGAAGCCAUACCGCUAGCCCGGACGACGUGGCGACCUCUCGAACCGACCGCAGCAGCGUCAUGCCGGACGCGACCCCCGAUGAGUUGCCGCCGGGGGGAAAAACCGUGUCGCAUGCGUUUGGAACGGACUUUGUCACACAUCCCCCGCCUGGCGAAGGUGUCGCGUGGGUGGACAAGCCCGUCGACUUUACGGAAGACAGCCAGACCGCCGUGGACGGAUUCCGCGGUGCCGUCCAUCGAAGUGUGGCGGCGUUGCCGAGAAACUUCGUGCAAUGUGCGACCGCCACGAAAACAGUCAAGAUGGAGGCGAAUUACCUCCCCACGAUGAACAACAAGAAUCAACCGCGGAGUAUGGGCAUUGUUCGCCCGCGCACGGCAGCGGACGAGUGGCUCACGGUCGGCUACGAUCCUUGGGUGGCUGGGAAAGACCUGUUCAACUGCGAGUUUGUCAAGUCGCUUGCAGUGGAAGACGACGACACGCCAGCGGUGGCCGGCGCCGCAUUUCUGGACACGACCGAACAUGCUGCGCGGCAAGAGGUGGUCACGCAAGCCGCCAAGGAAGCCAUGGAGCUCGAGCACAUUUUCAGUCUGUGUCGGCAUGGCAAAUACGCCGAAGUCGAAAGCCUGCUAAACCAACCCGACUGGACCGUCCCUAUUGACGCCCAGGACAGCGCUGGCAACACGCUGCUGUCCAUUGCAUGUCAAAACAAUAACAAACGCAUUGCCAAGCUGUGCUUGAGAAAAGGCGCCGACGUCAAUACGCAAAAUUUGAAUGGGCAAACGGUGCUGCACUACGCACAUGCGUAUGGCUUCCACGAUCUCAUGGAGUACAUGAUGGAGAAAGGCGCCAAGGACGACGUGCUCAACAAGGACGGACUCACGUGCUACGAAGGCUUGAACGCUGAGGCCGUCGACGCGAUUUAGAGUUAUUAGUAUUUUUUUCUAUUAAUUUAAUGGGUU